AUAAUAAUAAACAAGUAAAUCAAUCAAAGCCGAGUCGAAAUCGAGGCUGGUUCUGCUCAGUUGUUGAUAUAGAAGUGCGAAGGUGCAUCACAUAACGACGCAUUGGUGGAUGGUACAGGUGCAGCUGCAAUAACAAGUGUUCCAACAGCAACAACUUUAUGUAUGUGUAGGUGUCUUCCAAAUUCAAGAUAUAAAAGAAAAAGAUGACAGGUGACAUCUUUGCCUAUACCAGUCACUUGUUAUGUCUGGUAUUGCUGGCGUGUUUGUUGUGUUGGCCUCCUUGUGUGUGGACCACUCGAAUGGAUGAUACUGGCUUCUACACCGACAAUGGCCUGGAACAGUCUGUGAUGGUCAGCCGGAUCCCACAUCGUGUGAAGAAGGAAUUUCAACAAGAAAUACUCACCUUGAUGGGAUUACACCACAAACCGAAACCGCGGGCUCCCGGUAAGGAGACUUCUGCUCCCCGCUUCAUGAUCGAUCUGUACAAUAGGCUGCAUGGUUCAGGUGCCAGUGGAUCCAUUGAAGACGACGAUGAGGAUGAACACCCCCACUUCUUCAGCAGAACUUUAGAAAAUGAAAUGCCUAAACUCAACAGUUCUGAUGUUAUCAUGAGUUUUGUCAACCAUGUGCACAAAAUCCAUUUCCUUCGCCAUGAAAGGGACCGAACCUUCUUCUUUGACUUUGGAGAAGUGUCCCCACAAGAGACAGUGACAGGGGCCGAACUGAGGUUGUACAAAGCCAAGGAUAGGCGUGGUCGCCAUACAACUUAUCAUAUUGAGGUGUUUACCAUCCAACAGGGAGUUGAUGAACAAGACAAGACUUUGGUUCCUGAAACCAAUCAUUUGGUGUCUUCUGACUUUGAAGGCUGGAUCUUAAUGAAUGUUACCAAUGCUGCAGACUCUUGGACCAUCAUGCCAGCUUCCAAUAUGGGUCUUUUUCUCAGAAUCACUGACAUGAGCACAGGUCAAGAAUUAAGACCCAACCAUAUCGGUAUUGUAGGACAUAGAGGAGACCCCGAUAAGCAGGCGUUUUUGGUCUGCUUUUUCAAGAUGAGUCGACAGCUUCAUGUACGACGAACACGUUCUGCACGGCGGCAAAUGGAUACUCGUACAGCAGUUUCACGUCGCGAUGAUUCUCAAUCAACAUGGAGACGGACACGACGUUAUGUACGACCAGUCUGCCAAAGAAACACAAUGUAUGUUGACUUUGAAGCUUUAGGUUGGCAGAGUUGGAUCAUUGCACCUGAGGGUUACUCUGCAUUCUACUGCGACGGCGACUGCAUAUUUCCUCUCGGUCUGAACAUGAACGCCACAAAUCAUGCCAUUGUACAACUUCUGCUUCAUACAGUGAAAUCUCAGACAAUGCCUAAGCCCUGCUGUUCCCCUACCAAACUGAGUGCCAUCUCUGUGCUCUACUUUGAUGAUAAUUCCAAUGUCAUUCUCAAGAAAUAUCGAAGUAUGAAGGUGAAGGCUUGUGGCUGUCACUAGUGUUCACCUCAUACCUCUACGUCUUGUAAGACUGUAUUGCACACACACACACACAUUCAUUGGACUCCUGCUAGCCGAAAGACAUUGAUGCAUGUGUGCAUGGGACGGCUGAGUGCACUUGCAAUGCCACUGUCCUGUUUUUUAUUUUUCUUUUGCGUUUUCAAUUUGGGUGUGCAACAAAUGUUGCACAUUUGCAGGUAUCAGGAUUUAGUAUUUUUUUAUGUACAGUCUCUAUGGACAUAUGAUGAAUGAACGUGU